AUGUUCCUCUACGAAGACCCGGGCCGGAACAGGAACAAGACCAUGGAUGCCUUGAUGUCUGGCGGGAACGCCAUGGCGCACUCGGCCGCCCUGGGCGCGCACACGUCGCCUUUGAUGCACACCGCCGGCUACUCAGCCGCCGACGUGUCCGCGGGCACGAGUGACUCGUUCACGUCGCCGGGGCCGCCGCAGGGCGCACUCCCGUACUCCUACUUGGCGGGCGUCUACUACCCGUGCAGGGUGAAGGCCGCGCCUUACGUGGACAACUGUGAGGAGUACUCCACUCCCCGGCCCAAAGACCUCUUCUACCACCCGGGACCCUACCAGCCCGUGGCCAGCUACCUGGACGUGUCCGUGGUCCAUGACGGCCUGUUUCCGGUGGACCCGUACCAGCCUUGGACGCUGGCAGACGGCUGGGGCGGGCAGACGUGCUGCAAGGACCAAGGACCGCACCUCUGGAAGUCCGCCUUGGCCGAUAUCAUGGUCCACUGUUCCCGCCAUUUAGACCACGCCUCCCGUGGAGGACGCAAGAAGCGCGUGCCUUACUCCAAAGUGCAGCUGCGCGAGCUGGAGGCGGAGUUCUGCGCCUGCAGAUUCCUCAGCAAAGACGCCAGGAAGAAGAUGUCCGCCGCCACCAAGCUGACGGAGCGCCAGAUCACCAUCUGGUUCCAGAACAGGAGGGUCAAGGACAAGAAGGUCAAAAAGACCUCAUCCUAGUCACCAUGGCAACCAUCUUCAUCUCCAUCUCAGCUCCAGUCAUCAACAUACUUUAAUGUUAGCAUUAGAAUUCAGCCUUUUAUUAGCACGUUUUAGGCUAAAGUGGAUAUUUUCCUAUAUUCAGUGGCUGUAUACACACAUCAACAUCAUGUUAAAUACAUAUAUAAACAUCAUAUUAAAGGUUUAAAAAUUAGAUUUAUUUAUGGAAUAAAUAGGAAUAAUCAGACAGCUUUCACGAAUGGCUGCCGUUUUUAGUCACGUGACUGUCACGUGACAACAGCAGUAGAAUGCAUUGAAAUAGUGUUUAGGGCCUUUUAUGGAAAAUAAAACAAACCCGAUUAAA